AUGUCGAUUCUUGAUACCACCAAAGACCUUUCGGCACUCUUCUCCCAGCAGGUCCAUGCCACCCCCAAUGCCCCCGCACUAGAAGACGAUAGCUCUACCUACACCUAUUCCGAGCUUGACAAAGAGGUCGAUGCUCUAGCUCAGCGUCUCCGAAGUCACGGCGUUGGAAGAGAUAGCCUGGUCGGCGUUCUUCUUCCUCGCAGCGCCCACUAUGUGAUCGCCUGCCUGGCUGCCCUCCGCGCUGGAGGUGCUUUCCUCGUCCUCGAACUCGCAUAUCCUCCCGAUCUCCUGGCAGAUGUUCUUGAUGAUUCUAGACCGGUGGUCGUCGUUACUCACCGCGCGGAGACCGGGAAAAUCAAGGCCGAUGUGCCUCUGAUCGUUCUUGACGAGCCCGCAACCGAUGCCAACGGACACAUCAAAGCGCCAUCCACUCCUCUGCCGGCCGAGGAUGAUCUUGAUCGACUAGCCUUUGUCUCAUAUUCAUCAGGAACAACAGGCAAACCCAAGGGGAUUGCCAAUCCGCAUCGUGCACCGGUCCUCUCCUAUGAUCUUCGCUUUGGCAUCCAGGAUCUCCAGCCAGGUGACCGAGUCGCAUGUAAUGUCUUUUUUAUCUGGGAGAUCCUGCGCCCCUUGUUGCGGGGAGCUACAGUCGUGGCGGUCCCUGACGACGUCAGCUAUGAUCCUGCAGCGCUGGUCGAUCUGCUGGCGGCAAAACACAUCACCGAAACCCUGAUGACGCCGACAUUGCUCGCGACCGUGCUCGCGCGCCAUUCAGACCUUGGCGCGCGGCUGCCCGAUUUACGCACUCUGUGGCUGAACGGCGAGGUCGUCACCACCGAUCUUGCCAGACGGGCUAUCAAGGCUUUGCCCCGGGCCAGAUUGCUUAACUGCUACAGCGCAUGCGAAACGCACGAGAUUGCGUGUGGGGAUAUGCGAGAGAUGCUAGAAGAUGAUGCGCCAUAUUGCCCGGUUGGUCCGCCUCUGGAUCCGGAGCAUACUUAUAUCUUGGAUGAGGAAGGCAGUCCUGUCCCUCAGGGGACGAGCGGUGAGCUGUUCGUGGGAGGGCCACUUCUUGCGCGGGGUUAUCUCAAUCUGCCAGAUACCACUGCCGCGGCCUUCACGGCGGACCCGUUCGAUAAGACACCCGCGGCCCGCAUGUAUCGCACUGGAGAUCGGGCUAGAAUCCUUCCGUCGGGCCUCCUGGAAAUCACCGGCCGUGUAGGUGCGAUGAUCAAGCUGCGUGGGUAUUCCGUGGUGCCAGGCAAGGUCGAGAACGAUAUUGUCAAACAUUUGGCAGUGCGGCACUGUGCUGUCAUUGCCCACGGAGAAGGCCUGGACCGCCAACUCGUAGCGUACUUCGUGCAGGAUAAGGAGGCCGAUCGCCCUGCGGUCGAGGUCAAUCAGUCUGGCCACAGCCCUGCAGCGCGCCGCAUCCUGUCCCCUGUUCUGGCUCAUUACAUGAUCCCCGCCCUGUGGGUGGAGAUGGAUGAGUUGCCCACACACGAAGUUUCCGGCAAGGUAGAUUUGAAACGGCUGCCUGCUCCGCCUGCCCCUACUCCGGUCAACGGCAAGGGGGCCAAGGUGAAGGACUCAAUCGCCAUCGAUGAAGUCGCAGCUAUUUGGGCAGUGACGCUCAAGACCGCGAAGGCCUUGCUCAAACCCAGCGACAAUUUCUUCGACCUCGGAGGACAUUCUCUAUCGCUGGCUGAGCUUGCGUCCAGAUUCUCGAGGACAUUUGGCUUCCGCGUGCCCAUCGCUCGCCUAGCCGAGAACUCUACGCUGGCUGGUCAUUUGGAUACGGUUCGUGCCAUUCGCGACGGACACACCGCGGCAGUCCAGGCCGACCUGCCAGCCGUGUUGCGCGCGGAUGCGACCUUGGACGACGACAUCCGACCGUCUUCAGAUGUCAAGAUCCGUUCGAUUACCGAUGCGCAGACCGUGCUUUUGACCGGUGUGACCGGUUUCCUCGGUGCUUUCCUUCUGCAUGAUUUGCUCGAAAGUACAUCAGCCCAUAUCAUAUGCCUAGUACGAUUCAACGAACCCGCAGAUGAUGAUCAACCCGGCGGUGUUGCCCGUAUCCGUCGCAACCUGCUCGAUCUGGGUCUGUGGCGGGACUCGAUCAUGGAACGAGUGGAGAUCCUUCCUGGUAACCUGUCCCGGUCGCGAUUCGGACUCUCCUCCGAGAUGUUCGUUGAGCUUGCGGAUCGAGUCGAUGUGAUUGUUCAUGCCGCCGCUACCGUCAACUUGGUGUACCCUUAUGCUGCGCUGCGUGGUCCCAAUGUCGGUGGAACCCGAGAGAUUUUGCGAUUGGCGUCGAAGGGUGGUGCCACUGUCCAGUACGUUUCCACCAAUGGUGUGCUGCCCCCGUCCGGUGAGAAUGGGUGGCCUGAAGACGCCAUGUUGCCCGUGGAUGACGUUCCGACAAAGCUGCUGGAUGGCUACGGUCAGACCAAAUGGGUGGCUGAGCAGUUGGUUCUGGAAGCGGGCCGUCGCGGGUUGCCUGUCAAAGUGCAUCGUCUCGGUACCGUCAGUGGCCACAGCGUCACUGGCUCCGCUAAUGCCUGGGAUUUGUUAUCCGCUUUGAUUGUCGAAUCGGUCAAGCUCGGUUAUGCGCCAGAUGUGGACGGCUGGCGUGCCGAGAUGACGCCGGUAGACUUUGUGAGCAAGGCGAUUGUGCACUUGUCCGCACAGACGCAGGCUGAUCAGACCGUGUUUCAUCUUGGUGAUCCCGAUCCAGUUGACAUCCGGCGGGUUUUCGAGGCGCUGUCGGAGCUAGGGUACCCUACCGAGCGACUUGGCUGGGAUGAAUGGGUGGCUCUGUGGACUCAGAAACGAGGGUCGGUCAAAGGCGGCGAUGGUGCUUUCACAGUAGACAUCCUGCGCAGUGGUAUGCCUACGGUCGAAUUCUUGCGAGGCAUCGUUGUGCUCGACAACGCGGCCACCAAGCCUUUCCGGGAAGCCGUGGAACGGCCCAAAGUCGACCGGGCGCUGCUGGAGACGUACACACGUCACUGGUUCGCUCGUGGAUGGCUACCUCGGCCUCCGGCCCGGCUGAACCAGGCCAACGGGUCUGUCAAGGCAAAGGGACCCUUGAGCGGUCGCGUGGCAGUGAUCACUGGUGCCUCGUCUGGUAUCGGUGCUGCUGUAGCCACUGCUCUGGUCCGGGAAGGAUGCCACGUAGCGCUGGCUGCUCGUCGUAUGGAUGCGUUAGAGUCGCUGAAGAAGAAGCUGACCGGCCAGGGUAGCAAGAUUCUCAUCCAGCGGACGGACGUGACCGACCGGUCGCAGGUAGAAGCCCUGGUCCAAGCGGCUGCCAACGAACUUGGGCCCGUGGAUAUCCUGGUCUCCUGCGCGGGAGUGAUGUACUACACUAUGAUGGCGAACGUCAGGACGGAUGAGUGGGAGCGUACGGUGGAUGUCAACUGCAAGGGACUGCUACACUGCCUGUCGUCGACAGUGCCGGGCAUGCUGGCGCGCGGGAGUGGUCAUAUUGUGGCUAUCUCGUCGGAUGCGGGACGCAAGGUGUUCCCGGGCCUGGGCGUGUACUCGGCCAGCAAGUUCUUCGUGGAAGCGACCCUGCAGUCGCUACGAUUGGAGACUGCGGGGAUGGGCUUGCGUGUGACGGCCAUCCAGCCGGGCAACACCGCGACCGAACUUCUGGGUAUGUCGACGGACGCCGAGGCGAUUAAGAAGUACGGAGAGGCGUCUGGCGCGCAGAUUCUGGACCCGGAGGAUGUAGCCAACUCGAUUGUGUAUGCACUGCGACAGCCAGCGCAUGUGGCGGUGAAUGAGGUGCUGAUUGAACCGCGGGACGAGCCUAUCUGA